CUGAUCGCAGAUAAAGAGAAAGACUGGAAUCCACCAGGAAAAAAAAGGAGUCGAGGGGGAAAACAACACAUCGAUGGAUUACGACGACCCGCACGAAUCCAAAAUAAUGCUUGUUUUGGUCCUUUAACGUGGGACGCCGCGGCGCUAGCUCCGAGCCGGCUCACACAGUAGCGGAGGCUAACUUUACAAACAUCGCUAGACAAGAAGCGCAGUCAGUUUACGGUUUAUUGAAUAGCGCAGACACCUCUUAAGAUAUAGAGAGAGUUGUUUAUUAAUGGCGUGAAUAUUUUUUGGGGGGGGGUUUACGUAAUUUAUACACAAGCAAACAACACACUUGGGUCUUGUAACGGGACUGUUUUAAUUAGCCGGUUUAAAAAAAAAAACUGAGCUAAGGUUAGCUAGCAAACAAAGAUGAUUAGCUAGAACUGCCUUGAAAAACAAAUAGGUUAGCAGACGAGACGUGUAGUUCGGGCUCCUAGCGCGCUCUCCGAAUGGGUAUUUGUCUGUGCACAUUCAGUUGGACUGACCUAGUAAACCGUGGGCCAUUUUCCUACAGAUAUUUGCGCUAAGUAACGUGAAAUUUAGGUUCAUUCGCUGUCCUGUCGCAUAGUAUGCUGAUUAGCUGACUAGCUUAGCUAUCCAGACAACCGUUUAUGGUCUGGACGAACAGACAGACAGACAGACCGAGGUGUCUCAAUGCUUAUUUUCUUCCCUUGCAUUAGGGGCUAUGCCACUUGCGCCCUCUGCAGUGUCUUAUUUAGCUCAAAGUAAAACGGAACUAACCGUAGCUACCUCACCGAGCCUUUAGCUAGCUCAGAUAACCAAGUUGUGUGUGUGUGUGUGUGUGUGUGUGUGUGUGUGUGUGUAGGGGGGAGACUAUGAGCAACUCCAACAGUAUUUAGCUGCGUUUGUUGCUGUUAAUACGGUUUUAACGCAUGUAUUUUAAUUGUUUGUAAUUUUUAAGUAUUUUAAUGGGAUUAAUACGCGCGGCUGAACGUAGCCAAUCCUCCUGGACCGCCGGCUUCCUCUAACAGAAAUGGCCUUCCAUGGCUCCGCUCGGCCCGCUGUGUGUGGAAACUUGUUCCCAGCCUCGGAUUUGGGCCACAAAUAUUUCUGUGUGAACAGUUCAGGAAGUACCGCAGCCUGCAGCGGUUUAAACGGCUCCCAGAACCCAGCCGGGCCCAGUCAGCCCGCUGAGACCCCGCGACACCCGGCGACUAUUGGAGGGAGCACAGGCGGAGGAGCAGCGGUGCCUCAGCCUCACAGCAGCCCGGCCAGUGAGGUGCCCUGCCCGGCUGAGAUGGAGCCCGACAGGCCGAUCGGUUACGGAGCCUUUGGUGUUGUGUGGUCCGUGACGGACCCCCGGGAUGGACGGAAAGUUGCUCUCAAGAAAAUGCCGAAUGUCUUCCAGAACCUGGUCUCCUGUAAGCGGGUCUUCAGGGAGCUCCGCAUGUUGUGCUUCUUCAAACAUGACAAUGUGUUGUCUGCUCUGGAUAUUCUGCAGCCUCCACAGAUUGACUGCUUUGAAGAGAUAUAUGUUAUCACAGAGCUGAUGCAGAGUGACCUGCACAAGGUCAUAGUUUCUCCACAGCCUCUCACCACCGACCACAUAAAAGUGUUCCUCUACCAGAUACUCAGGGGCCUGAAAUACCUGCACUCUGCUGGAAUUCUACACAGAGACAUUAAACCAGGGAACCUGCUGGUCAACAGCAACUGUCUCCUCAAGAUUUGUGACUUCGGUCUGGCUCGAGUUGAAGAACCCGACUCCUCACGUCACAUGACCCAGGAAGUGGUGACGCAGUACUACAGGGCCCCUGAGGUUCUGAUGGGCUCACGGCAUUACGGGUCAGCCAUAGACAUCUGGUCUGUGGGCUGCAUCUUCGCCGAGUUACUUGGCCGCCGAAUUCUCUUUCAGGCCCAGAGCCCCAUCCAGCAGUUGGAUCUAAUAACUGAUUUAUUGGGAACUCCUCCACUGUCUGCCAUGGCAUCUGCCUGUGAGGGUGCACGGGCACACAUCCUAAGAGGACCUCACAAACCGCCGUCACUGUCUGUUCUGUACAUGCUGUCAGACGGAGCCACCCACGAGGCUGUUCAUCUUCUGUGCCGCAUGCUAGUCUUUGAUCCAGCUAAGCGGAUUUCUGGCAGCGACGCGCUUUCUCACCCAUAUCUAGACGAAGGCCGUUUGCGGUAUCACACAUGCAUGUGUAAGUGCUGCUACUCGGUACCCAGCGGCAGAGUGUACACCCGGGACUUUGAACCUGCUGCAGAGAGGCCCUUUAGCCACAGCUACGAGGAGAGCAUGCUUUCUGUCUGGCAGGGCAAAGAACUCAUCCAUCGUUUCAUCACUGAGCACCAGCAGGGCAAAAGAGUGCCUUUGUGCAUCAACCCCCAGAGUGCAGCCUUCAAGAGCUUCAUCAGGUCCACUGCUUGGCAUUCCUCUAAAGUAUCGAGGAAAGAAGAGAGAUGAGAUGAGGAGUUGUUUUUGUUUUUUUUAAUAGGAGUCAUGGGAGAUGUAGUCGUCUAUAGGAGCAUGCUUGUGCUUGAGAUGAAUGACUGUUUACAUUUGGUUCUUGUCAGAUUAUGUAGGUCUGAAUGCCUAGGCUUGGUGCUAAGUUUGGCACAGGAUGAGCAUCCUAACAUUGUCCAAAAAAACAAAACAAAAAAAAAACCCUACAGUACCUAAUUCUGUAGACAUUUUUUUUUUCAAUAGUGACAGUCCAAUUAUGCUGCUGCAAACAUUUUAUACUGACUGAGCAUGAGGAUUAUGGAUACUGAAUUUCAGAAGAACCUCCUUUUCACGGAUUGAAGUCAGAUAAGCGUUGUGAUGAUGAUGGUGAUGAUGACGAUGGCGGCACAUAUGCGUGUUGAAGUCCCUCAAUGUUGUGCAAUACCAAUAUGUGGGGGGGAGGUUUCAGUAUUUGUGGGCUUCAACUGCCAUUCAGACUUGUUCAUAUUGUUAUGUUCUGUGUCAAAAGUCUUUGCCGUGUUCCUUAACUGUUCUUGCGGUAAUUAGUUUUUCUCACAAGUUCUUCCUUUUAUUUCCUGUAACUCUGCUUUAACCAUAUUCCCAGUAUUGCAUAGUGUCAUACGCAUUUGGGUUGCUUUUUAUUUCAUUUUGUUAUACUAUACUGAAACGUAGCGGUUUUUUUAAUAGUUAGAAUGCCAACAGUUUCCUCCUGCGUGACUUAGUUGUCACUGGAUAGUAGAUUAAGAUGCUGUGGGGAUUUUGAUCACGUAGAUGUAUAGGUGAUUUUGUAUGUGUAUGUACCUCCCUUAAGCAUUAUGUGAAAGGAUUUAAAAUUUUAUUUACUUUUUGUGAGCUGGACAGCUUUUUUUUUUUUUUUCUUUCGUUCCCUCUCUUUAAGGUUAGGAGAGUGUUAUUGAGCUGACUUUGUGUAAUUGAAGCUAGAAGAUGUACACUUAAGUGAUGUAUGAGGUGUGUGUGUGUGUGUGUUUGCGUUGUCCAGGAGUGGAGAGCGUUAAGGGGACGUGCAGUGUUGCGCUAUUUCACAUUCAUUACCUCACAUAAACCCACUGUGCACUGGCUGAGUGUGCUCAGACAAAACCCAACUAUUAACCAUGUACUGUACAGGGAUCUGUGCUAAUCACUGAACCACUAUCCCUACAAAUCCCCUUUAUCUGUCUGUCUCUCCCUCCUUGCUCUGGCUGAUGCACAUGUCUCAGAUUGCUUUCGGGAGGAAAAUGCUGCUGUUCAUUUGAUUGACGUUUUCACUUCAGUCAUAACUAGUGUUGAGCUCAGGUUUCAUGUCGCAGACUCUGCUGUAAGUGCACAGGGUCUCUUGUCCAGGCCACAGCGGCCCAUUCCUGGUGCUGUGAACUGAAAAGGCCCUGUUUUUUUGCUCUACAACCUCGAGACUCGUGCCUGUAGGCCACCACUAGGUGGUGACGAGCACACGGAGCACUGCUGGACAGACAGUUCCCAAGGACGUCUGUUCAAACGGAUCGGCACGUGGAUAAGGACUUAACGAUUUGCAGUACUUCAGGAGUCCGGUGAUCUUACAACUCCUUGUGCUGUUAUUUAAUUUGGUCCUAGGAAGAUAUUUUCUUAAAUUAAUAGUUUUCUUCUAUUUUAAUGUCAUUGCAUUGUGACCAAUUUAAGUUUUUUUGUUUUAAUUUUUUUUUUUUUUUUUACGUUUUCUUUCUUAAGGUUUUGUUGUUUGACCACUUUGCUAUUGUGUUGGUAGAAGAACUAGAAGUGUAGUGACAUGAGAACUUCUGUUGGUCUAGGAUUUCUCAUACCGACCGUUAACUACAACGUGAGGAUGUUUUAAUUAAUGGUGAGAUUUGCAAUAGUCAUGAGCUCAUAGAAGUUAGACAUUUUAUGAUGGGGGAAAAAAAAGAAAACUUGAUAUUUGUGUUGAUGACUUAUGGUUAGUAAUAUCAAACGCUUGUUUCAAAAGAUGGCUGUUGUGGUUUUUUUUUUUUUUUGUUAUUUAUUUUGUCAUUUUAUUGAAAAUGUUUUUGGACUUUGUGUUUACAACAGAUGCUUGAAUUUUGUAAGGGGAAAAAAAAGUGGUUUAGAGUGGAACUGUCAAUAAAGAGCGAACACUGGAGACAAAGUGCCACGUCAACUGAA